AUGUGGAAAGCCAAUAUGGAUAUACAACCGUGUGGUACAAAUGAGUCGAUUGCGUAUUACAUCGCUAAAUACGUGUCAAAAUCAGAACCUACAAACCUAGAUGGUGAAGUAUCUCGAGCUAUUCAACAAAUUAGAAGAGAAGAAACUGACGUCUCGCGUAAGCUGUUUAAAAUAUGCAUGCGCAUAUUAAGAGAACGUCAAGUUUCAGCCUGCGAAUGCGUAUUCAGGCUAUGCCAUUUGAGUAUGCGUGACAGCUCGAGAAAAACAAUUUUUGUCAAUACUCGUAAAGCGGAACAAAGGUAUAAAGUGUUGAAGUUUAAUGAAGCUGGUCAAGCAGCAGGAUAUUGUGCCAAUAUUUUCGAACGAUAUGAAAAGCGACCAGCAGAGCACCCCAACUAUGAUUUUAACAAUAUGUGUCUCAUAGAAUUUGCGAUGUUAUUUGAGCCACACUACACAAAACCGCCAGUUAUAAAUGAAGAGAGCAUCGAUACCGAUGCUUAUGCACCGCACGAGCAAACAACAAGAAGGCGUCUUAUAACUUUAACAGACAACACCAAAAUGACUAAUAGAAACACGCCAGCUGUAGUACGGGUACCUAACUUCGUAGCAGCUUCUGAUCCAGAGUCAUAUUAUUACAGUUUAGUAAUCCAGUAUAUGCCGUAUCGCAAUGAGGCCGAACUUUUAGGAGAAUUUAAUAGUGCCAGAAAUGCGUUUCUCGCCAACGAAGAAAGU